GUGGGUGUGCGUGUGCGUGUGUGUGUGUGUGCGUGUGUGUGUGUGUAUACGGCCCUACAGUUGCUCUCUGAACACACUACAUGAAAGUGGAGUCUAACAUGAUGAAGCUCCGUGUGAUUCUCGUCAUGUCAGUGAUUCUGCCAGCAGCCACUGCUAUCUUUGUGCACAGGCUCAGUGUUCUGUGUGGCUGCAGCAACUCUGUGAAUGCAGAGACUGAGUUCUUCGUCUCUUUGAAUCAGAAUGAAGUGCUCUAUGAAGAUUUCGAGACCCAGAAACAAAUCACCAGACUGCCUCCGUUUAUGGGUCCCGUCAGUGUUCCAAAUUUUUAUGACAACGCAGUUGAUUGUAGACAAAUAUGUCGGCAGACAAUACCAAGCGUGAUCGCAGCAGCAGGCAAUCCAGCUGAAGCUCAAGUUCCUCCAGACUUCAGUAUCUACACGAAACACAAUGUGGUUCCUGGAGAAGAAAAUAACUUUAUCUGCUUUGUAAGAAAUUUCUAUCCUCCACACAUCACGGUGAACUGGACAAGGAACGGUGUGUCUGUGACAGAGAGAGUGUACAUCAGCCAGUAUUCACUAAACAACGACGGAACCUUCGAUUUAUUCUCCACACUGACCAGUUCUCCGAGUGAAGGAGAUGAAUACAGCUGCACGGUGGAGCACCAAGCUCUGGACUCGCCUCAGACUAGAACAUGGGAUGAAUCAGUUAUACCUCCGUAUGAAACUCCGAGUGUAACUCCGACCGUGGUGUUUGCAGUGGGAAUUGUGGUGGGAAUUGUGGGAUUAUUCACAGGAAUGUUUUUUUUCAUUAAAGCGUCAUGUUUCAGAUAAGAUUCUGUUACAGAACUGAAGCUCA